AAAUAUUCCCGACGUGCACCGAGGUGCGGGGAGUGUUCUGGGCUUCCAGCAUUCCCAGUUUGUUAGGCAAAAUAGUAAUUAAGAGCUCUGUGGGUCCCAUGCAGCAGAAGAGGUAGCUGUCCGCCAGGGCCAUGCUGCCAUGCCUCUUCCAGGGCUCAGGGAAAGGUAUGUGAAACUCGUCCUGUGCUUCUCCUGCCCGGAUCGCACGCCCGGAAGCUGUUUAUCUAUGAUUAUGGAAAAUUGGUGACAUCUAAAAAAGCAGCUCAGUAGUGCAAUACACAGAGAUUCAUCUCUUCUGAGUAAAUGAAGAAAGUGACUAUGAAGGCGCAGCAUCUGCCUUCUGUUUUCAUCAAUGAAGAGAAGUUCAUAACCAGAGAGCAGCUCAGUUCUCUUCUGAAGAAUUACAACUCUUACUAUUCAGAUCAAGAGAAUCUGCAACUGACAUAUAAUCAGCGAGAAGGAAGCACACCAUUCAUUGAAGGGAUCCUCUCGAUAUUUUGGGGAGUGCGGCAUCCCAUCCGAUUAAAAAUUCAGGAUGAGAAGCAGAUACCCUCUUUUGUAACCCUGAAGUCAACAGAGAACGUGGGUUUGUUCCCUAGUAAAAGGGGAAUGACUCGCUGGGGAGAAUUUGAUGACCUCCAUCAUAUUAGCGGGGAGACACUCAAGUCUACUGAGGAACAGCCAGACCUUGAGCAAAGUUAUCCAUGUUAUGAAAGUCACACGCUGAAGUCCAGGUGUGAGCAGGAGCUUGACUGUGCCACCCUGCCCUGGACCAGCAGUGAUGCCACAGCUGUGCGGAAGAGGACCAAGCUCCCUGCGAUAACCAGGACCGGAGUAGAAACUCACAGGUUCUCAAUCAAUGGCCACUUCUACAAUCACGAGACAUCAGUUUUCACUCCGGCUUUUGGAUCAGAAACCAAAAUAAGAAUCAAUAGCCAGAUGAGAACCAGACAAGUGGUAGAACAGUUGCUUCGUAAAUUUAAGAUAGAAAACAGCCCCCAUGAAUUUGCACUUUACGUUAUCCAUGCAUCUGGAGAAAAGAAGCAGUUGAGAAGUGGAGAUGUUCCCUUGCUGCACAGGCUGCUGCAGGGGCCUUCUGAGAAUAUUGCCAAGUUCUUUCUCAUGGAUGGAGAUGUGGAGGAGAUCAGCAGUGAUGUUGCUCAGUACAUUUCAUUUCAUCUUCCCUUUUUGGAAUCGAUUCUGCACAGAAUAAAUGAAGAGGAGGAGCAGGAGAUUCAACAGACAAUUGCAAGGUACCUAAGAGAGAAGAGCCUGAUACGGCAACACCUUCGCAGUCGGACUGUUAAAAAAACAGAGACUACGGUAUGAUGGGAUGGCCCCUCGGGAAUGCCUGGGCUGCUGAAGGGCAGUCCUUGCUGCUGCUUUCUGUGGGCUGGGACUGAGGAGUGCUUCAGCCUCCGAGUGCGCAAAGCGGGGAAGUCUCUCCUCACCAUUAAACAACUGCAGCUGCCCCCACUCAUGCAGCUCUGGGGUGCAGGCUGGAACCACCUAAGGAGGUGCACUACAUCCCCCGAACAACAGGUGCUGAAUCUGACCCGGAACUUGGGGGAAAAAAACCCUGAAAAGCCCAAGGCUUUAAACCCUGCUGAUGUGUGACCUGGUACCAAGAGGCUGGCGCAGAAAAAUAUUGCAAUAACCACUGUGUUGAUAGAAAAUAUGCAAAUUAAGUAUAUAGUUAUCCCUCUAUUAGAGAAAUACUGAAUUAUAUUAGCAGAAAGCUUUUCAGUAGAGCCAAGUGGCAGAAGAUAUUUAUGUAUUUAAGACUGCAGGUAGAAUUUUCACUUAAGUUAUAAAAUAUCCAUGCAAGAUGCCUGAAAUCGACUGGCUUCAGGCUGGUGGAUGCUGAAACUGCCUAAGCUUUGAGCUACUGUUAGAAAAACAUAACUGGAAACCCUCCCACUUAGGAGCUGCGCAGCUCUUUGCAAUGACAGGGAAUUUAUCCCUGAAAUACCUAAUGAACUGCAAAGUAAGAACUCUGACUAAACACACUAGACACUGUUGGGUCCUGAAAGGCAUCUCAGUGGUUUUUGUAGUUGGAAUAAAUGGUUGUCUUCCUGCCUAUGUUUUCUGUUUGAAAGGGAAUUGAGAAGUGCUUAGUGAGAGGCUGCAUGUCACAGCCACAGAGGGUUGGGCUCAUGGCCUCCCCAUGGAUGCAGUUUGGGUCCAGCCCAGCCCCACGCCCGGCGCAGCAGCCAACUGUCAGGUCCUGUCUGGCUGAGUUGUGUUGAAUAUUAGAGCUCAAAUUAUAGAGAUGUAAAUAAAAUAAAUCUGUGCACAGUUAACUGUCCUCCUGCAGUAA